AUGUCCUCAAAACAAGAAGGGCCGCCCUCAUCAUCGAACAACGGCGGUUCCUCUCAGCAAACGUAUGGCUCAUUACGGAACUCAUCCCAUCUUCAAAUCAAUACCAACACGAAACGGAAAUCGAGUGAAAAUUCUCCAUCUUCCUCUUAUCAUACGAGUGGUAACAGAAGUGGUGAUAGUAGUAGCAAUCCAACAACAUCAUCUUCCAGCCCGAGUUUAUUUUCUUCUUCUUCUGCCAUCCAUUCCAUUGGAAGGCCAGUUUCUCCUCAUGUCAGUACUUCACCAUUGAUUACGACCACGAACAACAACAACAACAACCAGAUACACGGUCCUAUUCCUGGAAUUUCUCCCAUUCAUCAUCUUUAUCCCAGUAAUCAUCAUUCCAAUGCCGAUACAGACUCACCAUCUUUACGUAAAGAUGUUUCAACACGAUCCGUUUCACCCAGCAUACCAAUACCUACUUCAUCGUCCAACAUUUCACCCACAAAUCAUUCGUUUCAUCAUCCUCAUCAACUUUUCGAUGCUUCCGAUAGUAGUGGUACUUCCAUGAACAAUCACAACAGCAAUAGUAAUAACAAUCACAACAGCAGCAAUAACAUUAAUUAUAACAAACCACCACAUUAUGCCAAUCGAUCCACACGUCCACCAUCUCCUCUUCUCAUGACAAAUACUACUGGUGUUAACAAUCCUUACCACCAGCAACAACCUACCUCCUUCGCAGUGCUCCAAGCCGAUCCAAUAUCUCAGUCCAAUAACGGACUACUGAACCCUUUUCAGCAACUUCCCUCUUUUCCUUCGUCAUCACAAUUUCCAAAAAACAAUAUCAACAAUAAUCCUUUACGUGGCACUGCCACUCCGAAAAGGUCACAUGGUAGAGGGAAAGGUUCUCCAUUGAAUAAUCACCUUGGCCAUCAGAGGAGCUCAUCGUUCGAUAUCCAUGCCAUCAUGGAGCACUACCAUCUUCCAACAACGUCGACAAUAGGUAACAGCAUCCAGAACAGACUAUUCAACCAUAGCAACAACUAUCAACCAAAUCCAUCCAACCUUCCAUUUGUUACAGCACCCAUCGUUGUCCUUCCCCAACAACAUGAAGAUGGUAUUAAUUCUAUGGAUAGCCAUGACGUAAAAAACGACAAUAAUAGAUCAUCAAGAAAAAACAAUGACGGUCUCAAAAUGUUGACACAGUCGGAAUACAUCACUACCAGUAACAGCCACAAGUCACCAUCAACAAGCCGUAUCUCGCCUUCAGAGCUGAGUGAUGACUCGGAGGAUUCAUCACCAUCAUCUCUCGCUACUUCUACAAGCAAUUCAUCGAAGAAAAUACCAAAACUUCGAAUUGAUAUUGGAAGUAGUAAAACACUGCCUCUUGCACAUGUGCCCAACAACAAUUCUCCUUUCACAAAGCAACAACAAUCAAACAUGAACCCUUCUAGUGUUGUAACCCAAUUAGAGGCUCUCAUUGGCUCGAAAAAUAAUAUCAAGCAAACAACCGUGUCCGAAAACACACCGACAAUUGACAAGUUUAAUAGUAAGGGUCGGCAGCAACAGUCACAACCACAAGUACCUAUUAAGGGGUUUAUUUCUAAUUUGUACGAUGAAGAUGUUUACGAUUUUCUCUCGGAAUAUCCAGUAAGAAGUAGAUCCGUUUCUCCUCCACCAACAAGCUCUUUAUUCUCACACCCUCACAAAAAGAAAACUCCAAUUAGCACCGAGAAAUCUCCCAGAGCACAACAACCAGGAGGAGCCAAAACUCCAACAUCUGUCAAAGAGGAGAAAGAACAUACCGAUGAAAAUUAUGUAACACCUCCUCAAAGAAAAAGUAUUUCCAGAGACAAUACAAUUUCUGAUGAAGACGCUGAUAGCAAUUAUGUGACGCCACCAUCUGAUAUGCGUACCGUUUCGAUUACAGAACCCCAUACAGAUAAUUUCAGACUGAUACGGCAAUCAUAUUCUCCGUUCAACGAUUUAUCGUCACCUCUCUCCAUGAUACGAAAAUGUCAAACUCCUGUGGCUUUAAAAACCAAAGCUGAAACUCUCUCUUCCUCUUUUGGUCAUAUCAAAUUUUAUGAACGACGAAGAAAACGAUAUCUAAUGAUGAUUACUGACCAAGAUUCAUCAGUAAUGGAGGAUGAGCUUAACAUGCUGCGCGAAGAUUUUCUUGAGGGAAAAACAAAUAUCAUGAAACGAAACAAAAAGAUUGACCAAAUGAGUUUCUCUGAUAUGGUAUACACAGAACAGUUUGAUAAGAAUCCUGCUUCUGAAGAUGACAGUUUUGAAAGUUGCACUCACGACCAAACUAUUUUUUUAGGAAAAAAGUCUGACGAAAAGAUUGCACGAUUUUUAGCUACAAAAAUGAUGAUAUCAAUAGACCAAUUACACACUGAUUUGAAAGCUUUUAUUAUUGAAUUAGAAGAGGCUGUAGCGCUUCAAUUUCCUUCUUUGAGUGAAGAUUCUUUUGUUUUGGAAAUGAAAGAGAUUGCUCAUAGAAUUACGAAAACUGAAGUUUCUGAACUUAUCAAACAGGUUUAUAUGAAAGAGCUCAAUGACUUGCUUGUUUGUCUUCGUGAUUUACACUCUGAAGCAGAUGAACAAGAUCUGCCAAGAAUCAAUUUUGUUCUAAAGGAAUUGAAGAAACUAUUAUUCAUUUACAGUAGAGUGAAUAGAAUCAUUGCAGUGUAUAAUAGAAUUCCUGAUCAUCUCAAGGUGCUGGGCAGUUCCCAAGGACGGAAAAGAAGCGGCAGCGAGGCGAACGGCAUUCCUAGAGUGAACACUCCCCCCGUUACUGAGCUUGCCCUUCUCAAAAAGCUCAGUCUGAAUCUCGAUUCUACCUUAACCAAGAAAUCUGGUUCAUCCAUUGAUCUUAUUCACAAUCCCUCCAUAUUCGAAAGACAAAAUCUACAAAUUACUAACUUAUUGAAAAAGUGGCAAGAAGAAAGUACAGUCAUUACUCCAAGAUCUGAACAGUCAACAUUAUCCUCUCCAAGACAACCAAGUUCUUCUUCGUCCAUGACAUCAACUCCUAAAUCCCCUCAAGAUACUCUCUUUUGUAGAAUAUGCGAAAAGUUUAUUGAUGUUGACACAUUUGCUGAGCAUACUCAAUCAUGUGCUCGAUCGCAUGAAUUAAACAUGAAGCGUAUUGGUUGCGAGCAGAAAUUUAAACAACUCAUGCAUCAGAUCAAAAAGAGAAGGAGAGAGGAACCUUUUGGAGAUAUCUAUUCCCUUGUUAAGGCUUGCUACAAAGCAAAAACAAAACAUGAGCUACAUGAUUGUGUUGACAACCUCAAACGCCUCGAGGCAAAACUGAAGAAAAAAGAUCAACAGCGCAACAAGUUGGACAUGUCAACAGAAACCCAAAUUGUCUCAGUAUGCAUUGAUUUAGCAGAAGAAAAAAACAAAACAUUACACGAGUAUGUGGAAAAUUUCAAAAAAGUGUCCAUCAUGGAUUUUACGCUUAUCAAACCCAUCUCAAAAGGAGCAUAUGGUAGAGUUUAUUUGGCACGAAAGAUUUCCACACCUGAUAUUUAUGCCAUCAAAGUGAUUGAAAAGCAAUAUAUUUACAAUCACAAAAACCUGUCCUCCAAAACACUGAAAAAUAAGGACAAGCUUCUCACGGAACGAAAUGUGUUACAUCAAUUGAUGAAAAGCAACCAUGAUUCAAAGUGCAUUGUCAACUUUUACUAUUCAUUUGCAGGAAAAAAGUAUUUUUAUAUUGUGAUGGAAUAUUGUCCUGGUGGAAGUUUGGAUUGCCUCCUUGAACAACAUAUUAACACCUACGAUAGCGCGUUCGAUAUUGAUAAGGUUAGAAAAAUUGUGGCAGAGAUCAUUUUAGCUCUAUUAGAGUUACAUUCUAAUAAUAUUGUUCACAGAGAUUUGAAGCCUGAUAACAUGCUCGUGGACAGAAAUGGCAGAUUGAAACUCACAGAUUUUGGUUUGAGUGAAAUUGGUGUGAUGGACAGAGAAGAAAAAGCAACAAGUAAGCCACGUAUCUCCACCCCACAUCCAUCUUCACCACCUCAAUUACGGCCACCUGUAUCGAGUCCAAACAAUAGCACUGAAAGUGAAACCUCUGAUGGUUUGGUGACUGUUCCUGGAACACCUGAUUAUAUUGCUCCUGAACUAUUGUUGGGAGCAGAGCAUGAUUACGCAGUGGACUAUUGGUCUCUUGGAUGCAUUACCUAUGAAUUAUUGUUUGGUGUUCCUCCUUUUAAUGCGGACACUGUCGAAGAAAUUUUUGACAAUAUCCUCUCAGGUGAAUACGAGUGGCCAGAAGAUUUACCUCCAGAAAUACAAAAUUCUGGUGUAGAGGACUUUAUUAGACGCUUGCUUGAUCCCAAUCCAAAAACUAGAUUGGGUGGAAAAGAAAUCAAAGAUCACGAAUUUCUAGAGCCAAUCGAUUGGGAUAAUUUACUGAAUGAGGAACUUUUUACGCCAACCACAGAGUUGGAAGAUACAUCUAAAUUCUCACCAAGAAAGCAUCAAUAUCCUGUCACACCCACCACUCAUGGAUUUCUGAGUCCAUUUGAAGCAGGAGGAACAAGUUUUAAUAGUGACGCCAGCUCUGUGGACUCUCCAAGCCCUGUCAAAAUAGUCCCUUCUUCACAGGUCCUGAUGAGUCCUAUGGUAAAUUCAUCGCAUACUCUAUCAACCUCAAUAGAUUUUUCAUUUAGCUCCUCUACUGCUGCACUCAAAGAACUCAACAUGCAGCAGUACAAUGAGUAUGUGAAAAAAUCGAACAAUAACUCAAGGAGUUCUGCAAAAAGUACAGGAAGUGUGGUGAGGUCUCUGAAUUUUUCGAACAUGUAA